CUGGUGUGGAAAGCAGUUCGUUUGGAGUAAAACAACCAUCGGAAAGGGGUCUGAAAAAGACUUUCAGAACACAGCAAGGCAACUAAAGGAGCGCAGUGUCAUUCUCGUAACCGAAUUGUCCAGGCGGGUUGGGAGGACAGGGAAGCCACGAUGGUGAAUCUGAAAAACGUAUCUCCUCCAAGUGAAGGAAUACGGUGCAAUCAAGGUGAAAUCACCGCUGUUUGGAAUGGUGAAGGGCUGGGACCAGGGACUCUGUACAUUGCAGAAACAUGUGUAUCAUGGUUCGAUGGGUCUGGAAUGGGGUUUUCUUUGAAAUACCCGUCAAUCAGCCUCCAUGCAAUCUCACGCGACUUUACUGCGUACCCAGGAGAGCACCUGUACGUCAUGGUCAACACCAAACUCAACGAUAAGUGUGCGGAGGAAGAGGAUAAUGAGAGUACUGAUGAUGACUGCAACGCGGAUUCCAUAAGUCCUGUUACAGAGAUCCGUUUUGUGCCCAGUGAUAAGGCUACCUUGGAGCCCAUGUUCUCAGCCAUCUCUGAAUGCCAGGCCCUGCACCCUGACCCUGAAGACUCCGACUCUGACUUUGAGGGAGAUGAGUACGAUGUUGAAGAAGCUGAACAGGGUCAGAUAGACCUGCCCACAUUUUACAACUUUGAGGAGGGUCUGUCCCAGCUCACCCUGGAGGGCCAGGCCACCCUGGAAAGACUGGAGGGGAUGCUGGCCGACUCUGCAUCCCAGAAACACCACUGCAUGGCCGGGGUCAGGCCCGAGGACACCCCAACGGGAUGCUGCAAUGAGUGUGGUGCAGUAGGGGUCUCAGGACAGUUUGAAGACGCAGACGUUGAUCAUUGAUGGAACAGAGGCCCUUGUUCGCACCCUCCUGACCGAAAGCUUUUUGAAAACGGGGGUAUUAGGGUGGAAUUGAAGUGUGGGGGGGCCUAAAGGUCUGAUUGCGUAACACAGAUGCAAGCAGAGCCAAGGCACUGGGUCUCUGAAUGAGUACAGAUAAAUAAUUUUAAGUCUCACCCGGCUAAUCUCUACUGGCAGGUCACGAUAGGCCUCGAAGUCUGGAGGACUAAAGCAAAUAACAACUCACUUUUUUGUGAAACGUUUCCAUUUUUGUUACUGAAAGAAUAGACCAGCCAGCAGAUUUAUUUUGAGCUUUGUAUGUUCAAAUAAUAAAACUUGGUUUUGUAUAAAGCAAAGUGUGUGUGAGAGAGCGAGAGUGGAUGAAUUGGUAGUCGAACAUCAUCUGUCAUCCGAAAUGAGCACACUUUCAAACAGCAACUUGUAAAUCUUAUCAACCUUCUACUGUAAUUAUCAACCUGCGUUUAACAAGUGAUCAAUUGCAGGAUAAGGAUUUGAGAUGUAAUGCUGGUGGGAUGUUCAGUUGGCUGCCACAGACCAGCUCUAGAGCCAUAACAACAUUUGUUUGCUGAAAAUACUUUGUUUGCCAACUGGCACCCUGGUUGAGUGGCAUGGUGUGGAUUUCUGUAGGACUGCUUCUCUUCCGGAUGGGUUGGUGCCCACACUGCCCAGCCACUCUACACCCCCCCCCCCAGUUGUUGAAAGAAAGAGGCAGCUUUGUGCGGGGGUCUGGCUAUACUGACACGCAGAGAAAGAAUGGAUUCAGAGGGAGAGGAUUUAUGCUGAAAUAGUGACCACUCAGCACCCAAUCACCAUCCCAGCUCUCUUUGUUCCUUCUCAAUCAGAAGGGAAAUAGCCUUCCCUAGACUUUCUGCACACAGUGUGCAUUUUAAUCAGAGGGAAAGCAUUGUUGAAUUAAAUGUGGAAUUACUUAAUGAAAAAUUGCA